AUGUCGUCAAAUCAUGAAGAAGAGCAACGAAAUGAACUUGAAGCCUUGCAGGCUAUAUACCCCGAUGAAUUUACAGCUUUAUCUGACAAGGAGUUUUCGAUCGAGAUUCAUGCUGAUGACUACCCGGAGUGCUCUCUUUCACUAAAAAUAACAUAUCCAUCCUCAUACCCAGACAUCAUCCCCGAAAUUGAACUUGAGGACGACGAAGGCAUCAACGAAGAGGAGCUUGAAUACUUAAAAUCUAAUGCCAUAAAGGAAGCUGAAUCAAACCUCGGCAUGGCAUCCGUAUUCGCCAUUGUCGCAUCAACAAAGGACUGUCUCGAAUCAACAAUUAAAAAGAGACUAGAACUAGCUGCUCACCAAGCCGCCGAACGAAUACGACUGGAAGAAGAAGCUGAAGCUAUACGUUUCGCUGGAUCCAAAGUCACGCCUGAGGUAUUUGAUGCAUGGUGGGAGAGGUUUCAGAGUGAGAUGGCUGCUGAAGAGUUGCGUAUUGCUAAAGAGAAGGGAAUACAGUUAGAUAGGUUUAAAGGUAAGCUAACUGGACGUCAAUUGUUUGAGAAGGAUAAGACGCUUGCUGCUUCGGAUGUCAAGUUGGUUGGGGUUGAUGAUGUUGCGGUUGAUAUGCAUCUGUUUGAAGGGCUUGAUGAUCUGGAUAGUGAUGAUGAGGAUGACAACGAGGUGCUUGCUAAUAUACGUGGUGGUGGUGAUGAUUAA